AUGACAGUCAUAGCAAGGGAAAGUCAGCGUGCCGGUGAUGGCGAGGAUGGCCGCCACGACGACGACGGUGCGGUGGCGGCGGCGGCAGCGGAAGCGAAAGCUCAGAGCUCUGCAAAGAUUGAGAACGGCGAUCAUCGAAUGUUCCCACCUAUAAGAAGACAUAAGGAGGCUCAAACAAACUCUUCGCAACGCGACAUAAAUAAUCGACGAGCAUCCCUGAGUCCAGGUGACAGAAUGAUCGACCUGACCGAAGAACGUGUUGUACAAUACUUACGUGACAAUCCUUCCGUACUUGAGAAUUACGUGACAGGACCAAACGUCUCACCAGAGACUUUUCAAAAAUGGGUUCAUCGCCGGAAUAACUGGAACCACCUACGACGUGACGCCAGGAAGGUUUUCAACGGAGCCUGGGGGGUGAUCCGAGGAUUUGGAGUCCCGGAGGCGCAUCAUCCUGGAUAA